AUUUAAGAGUCUCUUGUGUUUGCCUCCUUCCCUCUCUGUAACCUUUUUUUUCCCUCCUUCCCCUCCCCCAUGGUCUUCUGUUAAGUUUCUCAGGAUCCACAUAUGAGUGACAACAUACGGUAUUUGUCUUUCUCUGCCUGACUUACUUCACUUAGCAUAAUACUCUCCAGUUCCAUCCACGUUGCUACAAAAGGCCAUAUUUCAUUCUUUCUCAUUGCCAAGUAAUAUUCCAUUGUGUAUAUAAACCACAUCUUCUUUAUCCAUUCAUCAGUUGAUGGACAUUUAGGCUCUUUCCAUAAUUUGGCUAUUGUUGAAAGUGCUGCUAUAAACAUUGGGGUACAAGUGCUCCUGUGCAUCAGCACUCCUGUAUCCCUUGGGUAAAUUCCUAGCAGUGUUAUUGCUGGGUCAUAGGAUAGAUCUGUUUUUAAUUUUUGAGGAACCUCCACACUGUUUUCCAGAACGGCUGCACCAGUUUGCAUUCCCACCAACAGUGCAAGAGGGUUCCGUUUCUCUACAUCCUCGCCAGCAUCUAUAGUCUCCUGAUUUAUUCAUUUUGGCCACUCUGACCGGCGUGAGGCGGUAUCUGGGUGUGGUUUUGAUUUGUAUUUCCCUGAUGAGGAGUGAUGCUGGGAAUCUUUUCAUGUGUCUGUUGGCCAUCUGGAUGUCUUCUUUAGAAAAGUGUCUAUUCAUGACUUCUGCCCAUUUCUUCACUGGAUUAUUUGUUUUUCGGGUGUGGAGUUUGGUGAGUUCUUUAUAGAUUUUGGAUAUAGAGCAUGUAUUCUCAACAGGAACUAUAAUUGAAAAUUAGCCCAUGAGGGGACAAAAAAAGAUCUUAAUUUUUAUGCAUAAAGUACAUAAGUGUGGUGUAUUUAUGAUAUUAAAAUUUUGGGGGGCAAUGAGGAUAAAACCUAAAAAGUCUCUUUACUUAGAAGUAAGACAAAGAUACUUGCUAAUACUGGAGUUAUUUAAAAAAUUUUUUUAAUGUUUUUUAUUUUUCAGAAAGAGAGAGAGAGCAUGAGUGGAGGGGUGGGGGAGGGCAGAGAGAGAGGGAGACACAGAAUCUGAAGCAGGCCCCAGGCUCAUCUGUCAGCACAGAGCCCAACGUUUGGCUCAAACUCACGAGCUGUGAGAUUAUGACCAGAGCUGAAGUCGGACGCUUAACUGACUGAGCCACCCAGCCACCCCAGUAAUGGAGUUAUUUAGCAUUGUUUUGGAAGUUAUAUAACAAAAGCAGUCAGGCAAUUAAAAUAAGUGAGACAUAAAUAUUGAAGAGCAAAUGUCCAAGUUAUGAUAGGAUUUGAAGGUAAUAAGAUUUUCUGUAGAGAAAGCAUUAAGGAAAAGAUCAUUUGGAAAAUGAUUUCAAUUGAGGGAGACUCAGUGCUCAGUAAGUUGCCUGGCUUCAAGAUAAAUUACAUGGGCUUCUCUGUGAACAGAGCUGAACAGUUUAUUGACAGUUAUAAAUGAUUUGAAUGUGUGGGAAGAUUCAGUAUUGUAGAUAGUUUAAAUGUCCUGAGAUUAUCUAGAUAGUCAAUGUAAUUGAUAUAUUUGCUCAUUUAACAAAUAUGUGUUGAGUGUCAGUGAUAUCCAGGUGGAUGUUCUAAAUGCUGGGUGUGUAGCAGUGUAUGGAAAUAUAAAAAACCCUUUUCUUCUGGGACUUACAGUCUGGUUAGUAGAGGUAAAUAAAAGAAGCAGGAAUAUAGUAUGUCAGGGUCAUGAUAAUCCCAUCAAAAUUUUAGUAGGGUUAUUUUUAGAAUCUUACACAAUAUUUUAAAGUUCAUCUGGAUCAAUACCUAUGACAGGAUGGUAAAGAUAACUUGUUAAAGAUUAUUUGUCCUAUUGAAUAUUUCAUUAAAAUAACUAUGUUAUAGUUACAAAAUACAUCAGUGGGACAAAAUAUAGAAGGUCUAGAAAUAGUCUCAAAUGAGGAUUUUUGUCAUUAAUAAAAGUGGCAUUUCAGACUAGUGGAGAAAACAAUGGAUUGUUCAGUGAAAUGGUAUUUGGUCAACUAGCUAUUUAAUACUGCAAAGUAGAUUCCAAAUGAGUUAGGUAAUUAAGAAGAUAAAACAACAUUAAAAUACCAGAAACAUGACUUUGAAAGCAUGAUUCUAGAAGUAGCAAAGAAAAGGUUAAUAGGUUUGACAUUAAAAAAGACUCAAUUUCCUACGAGCAAAGAGCACCAUAAACAAUGUGAAAAGACAAAGGAUAAACUGAGAAAGAUAUUCACAGUGUAUAAAGUGGACAGAGAGUUAAUGUUUUUACUAGAGGUCUUAAAAUCAAGGAAAAUAAACCUAAUAAAAAGUUGCAAUGAUCAUUAAAAUGGUAUUCACCCACAAUGCAGGUUGAGAGCAUUUAUUUUACUUUGCCUAUCAAAUUGCUACAGAUUAAACAGAUUGCUACUACCCAGUGUCCCUGCUGGAAGGGUGUGUUGAUAAAGCUUUUCUGCAGGCCAGUUUGGUAAUAUGUACAUGUUAGGAUCUUAAAUGCACAACUUUUGACUGGUAAUUCGUCUUUGAAUGUACUGUAGGGAAAUAAUUGGAUAAAUGUGCAAAAAGUUUUAUAGAAAAAUGUUCAUUGUCAUAUUCAUCAUAGCAAAAAAUUGGAAAUUGUCACUUUGAUUAUACAUCACUACAAUGGAAUACUAAGCAGCCUGAAAAUGAUGUAGAUUUAUAUUUGCCAGUGAGGAAAGAUGUCCAUCUUAUAGUUUAUAAAAAUCAGUUGCAAAUGUAUGCCUAAGCAUGCUACAGUUUUAGAAAGCACAUGUAACUGUAUGUACAUAUAUGUCCUGGUUGAUGAAGACAGUAUUAAUGCAUAUACCAACAGAGUGAAAUGUGGCUCUGUGAAAGAUGAUUUCAAUUUUCUUUGUACAGUUUAGAAAGAAUAUUUAGAAGUUUCUGUGGUGGAAUGCCUGUCCUUUUAAUUAGCAGAGUGGAAACAGUAAAGCUCUUUUUAAGGGAGGAGGUAGAGGGAAGAUGAAGAUGGGAACAGAGGCCUUGGUUUUAGGGACCCCAUGUCUGCCAUGCCUUGUUGCCCUUCUCAGGGGGCCUGCAGGUGAGUGGAACCCGAGUAUUGGCUCUGUUGGGACCUGCUACAUGUGGGGUCGUCCCCUGCUGACCAAGCUCUGGAUGCCAUCCUCAUGGCAUCAUGAAGUUUUGUGCCAGCAUUUCUGGCAAAGACUUUAUGGAGCUCUUUAUUCACAUCUGCAGCACCGUGUCAAAGCUGGAGAGAGUCUGUGUGCUCCACAUGCCAGCACAAGUGUGCUUCAGGCCUGAUGACUGCAGGGUCAUCUGUGAUGCUAGAGUGUGGUGUGAGGUGAGGCGGGAGACUUUCCACUGGUUUCACAUGAAAGAUGUUUCAGAGGAGUUUAAUGAGAUUUAUUUAGAGCUGCUAUCUGAGCAUUUGUUCAGAGCGGUGAGAAGCACAGGGAAUGCCUCUGCCCUGAAGCCCCAGUUGACCAAUAAGUGGCUCCCCAACCUCGCCGUGGCUGUGGAGCUGCCAUUGCCCACAGGUUGGACUCUUGUUGUGGUACACAGUCGAUUGUCGCCUGUGAGGUUGCUUCCCAGAAUGGUGUUGGAAGAUUUCCUGGAGCCCAGUGUGCAAGCCCAUGAUGUUAGUGUUUAUCUUCCUGCUUUGAAGACUCUGAAGAGCACUAUAGAAAGGCUAGCAAACUUGGGUGAUCAAGUGCUGGUUGAAGCAAAUCUAAAUGGCAAAAUGAACUUGAGGGUACAAACUGAUGUGUCUAUUAAAAGUUAUUUUAACAAUUUUGGAAAUACUUCCAAGUCUGCUCAGGAUAUGCCUCAAGAUAGAAACCCUGAGAAUAUGUUGCAAGUACUAGUGGAAAGUAGGAAGCUUCUGUAGUUUUUCGAGGGAAGCAAAAUAAAUCCUACAAUAGCCUUAUGCAAUAUUUUGAGCAAUACUCUUCUUCAUCUUGUUGUGGUUCAUGAAGAUGUCUCUUUUCAGUAUUUUAUUUUUGCUUAUAAAAAUUCAAGCAGCCUGUAUUUUUUUUUUUUCUUUUUAAAGCUUAUGGUCUUUUCAAAACUGAAACAGACCCUGAGUUAAUUGGGUUGCAAGUCUGCACUCUCACUGACCUAUAUAGAAUGUACAUUUUGUUCAGCCCUUCUUCCUUUACAAAGCUUUUAUUAAAAAAGUCAUUGGUGAAAGAAUUGGAUAGUUCAUUUUUUAUGUUUCUUGACUUUUAUCAGUUUUUUUCAUACUUUUUAAGAUGCCAACAAGAAAAAGAUUUUCUAUUUUAACUCUUUUUAACAAAAAGGAUUGUAACAAAAUAAAUAAAAACUUUGAAUCCUGAAACAUUGGAUCAGUUUUUAUUAUAAAAUGCUACCAUGUGAAAUGGGAACUUCAUUCUUUUAAAGCAAGUAUAAUUUUCUGAGGGAGUUUUCUUAGCUUGAUAUAAUACCUGAAAGGUAUUUAGCAUUUGUGCGUAUUACAUAGUUUUUAUUAAGCUGUUUUUUGGUCAAAGUAUGUAUUAAUGUAUAUUCAUAGUUUUAGAUUUAUCAUCUACAAAGCUUGAGUUGGUUAUUAGGCUCACUAAUAGUGCAUCUUAUUCACUGUGAUUCAAGGAAAUGGUCAGUUUAUGUUUACUAAGAUAUUUCUUAUGGGUAACUUUUAUAUAAACCUAGUUUUCAUUUUUUUCCCCAUAGUAUUACAUUAUUCUAAUAGAAAAUGAUUCUUAAUGUUUCAAUAUUUUGAGAAGAGGAAGGAGGAGUUAUAAAGGACUACUACAGUGAUUAGAGGGAAGGUUUAUAUUCUUUCAUAUUAAAUUUUACUUUUUUAAUGGCUUAUGCAAUAAGACAAGUCUUUAACUUGGCAGCCUUUAUUUUUGCAGACUCAGUGAACUCCCAUGGCUACAUUUUAAUCACUAAUGAAUAAUUUCCUACUAGAUUUGGUGAUAAAAUGCUUAAAUUUGCUAAUUUAUUUUGUUUUGCUGAUUUGUAAAUUCCAUUCAUGCUGUUGUGGAAAGAACACAGAAACAUGAGACCUAGGCAAGUCACUUGUCACUUGAACUCUGGCUCUUUAAGAUCUUUCAGUUUGAGCAGAUUCCGUUUCAGUCCUCUGAGGGUUUCAAUAUAAGAAGAUUAAAUAGUUGUUUUAAAAAUUAUUUCAAACGUAGUAUCUUAAAAUUAUUAACAUAACUUUCAGAAUUAUGGCUUAAGUUUUUUUCUAAUGUAUGAAUUAAACACAGUUGCUUGGUGAAUAUUUUAAAGCUUUUUAAAUGAAAGAUGAAAAUGUAAAACAAAUACUUUAACUCAGUGAGAAAAUUAUAAGAUAUGCACUUUUUUUUUUCUGCGCAUAACACAGAAAUGACUUCUCAUACUUGUUUUUAGUAUCUUUUCCAAUUUUUUUUCUUUUGGUUUAUUAAUUAAGUGAGAAUUUUCAAGCUGUAGUAAAAGUCUGCCUUUUUACCUCUCCUUCCUUUCCUCCGUCUGUCUCUCCCUCUCUCCCUCUAUCUUUUCCUGUGCCUCUUUUCUCUGUAUUUAAUAAAACCAGGAAAAUGAAAAAAACCUAUUCUUUGUUUUGGAAAAUACAUAUUUGUGCACUUUAAUCUAAGGUAAAUUAUUAUGAUGGUUAACUUUUAAUAAUUCAUUAACAGAAAGUAUCUAUAAAAGUUUUGUAGCCUAGUCUUUGUAAUGUAACUUUUGAAAACGGAGAGGUGUAAUUUAUUCCUCUACUCAACCUACAGGUAUGUUGCUAUUAAAGAAAAAUUAAAAAACCAUCUCAUACUGUAACAUCUAAAUAUAAGGUCUUAAAAAUUCAGAUUCUUUCAAUGGUCUAGUAAAAAAUGUUUAUAAUGAAUACAAACAUUUUAAAAUAACAUGUUUUUAUUAUAGUUUAGUUGUGAAAAGUCAGGCACUGCCAGUUUCUAGUCUUACAAUUAUUAAUUGAAUUUAAAAGCCUGGUCCAAUGAGUAAAAUUCUUACAGAAUCAUCCUUAGGGAUGAUCUCAUCUACCCACCUUAUUUAUAGAUAAGAAAACAGUUUCAGGGAGCAUAAAAGUAAGGGCUUUUAAUUUUCUUUUCUUUUUUAAUGUUUAUUUUUGAGACAGAGACAGAGACAGCAUGAGCAAGGGAAGGUCAGAGAGAGAGGCACAGAAUCUGAAGCAGGCUCCAGGCUCAGCUAUCAGCACAGAGCCCGAGGCGGGGUUCGAACCCACAAACCCUGAGAUGGUGACCUGAGCCAAAGUCCUAUGCAGCAUUGACUGAGCCACCCAGAUGCCCCAGGGCUUUUAUCUGUUAUUGCCAUUGUUAAUGCCAGGACCCAUUUUAAAACCCUGAUCUACAAACUAUGUAUGUUAAGUAUUUGAGCUUGGUCUAUUAUGGCUUAGUUUAGAGACUUAACAGAUUGGAUAUACUUUUGUUUAUCAAAAUAAAUCUAGAUUGCCUUGUGACUCUAUUACUUAUCUGAAAAGAUAAAAUUUAAAUGAAAAAAGUCCAAAACAUUUUAAAAGCUGUUGUCUACUGUCCUUGUGUGAAGAUAUCCUUUGUUCUUGCAGGUAGGAAGGGGUUUAUCUGCCAGAAAAUGGUAAUUCUCUGGAAGACCAAUACACAUUAAAAAAUCAAGGCAUCAAGUUUAGAAAUUAUUUCAGCUUCUGUUUCUGUAUUUUAGAGAAACACUACUAAGAAGCAGGAAAACACUUAGGCUUUUAUGUUUCACUGUAUCUUUAGAAAAUAAAUCAUUGAUGAAAUGUGUAAGGUUAAUACUAUAUUAUUUUAAUUAAAUGAGGUUUAUGACAAGGCAAAGCCAAAUUUUUGUUAACCUGUUUAGUAUAUUUGCAUAAGAAAGACCUUAGGACAGAUUUUCAAAGACUACUGGCAUUGCAUUUGGAAAUCUUUGUGAGGAAAAUUUGUAGAUACUUAAUGACAAGUACAGAUGAGAAUUUUCCUUUAAAAAUGUCUGUUAGCCUGGCAUGGGUUUUGAAACGGAAAAUGUUUGGAGAUGAAUCCUGUUUUUUAAGGCUUAGACUCUUCCCUCAUAGUGAUAAUAAAUUAUUUAUUUGUGACACUAAACAAAACAUUAUAAUGUAGGAAAUUUCUAAUUUGGGGCAGGUUGAAAAGAGAUCUCUUUCUAUAAUUCAUUUUACAAAUAAUUACUGAGUGCAUACUGUGUGGUGGGCAUUGUUUUAUGUGUUUUGGACCUUGUAGAGUAAAAAGUAGAUAUUCUUAUAUUACUAAAUUAAAUGCCUAAAUGGUCUUCCUGAGAUAAUGGUUUGCCCAUGUUUGGGGACAUGUAAGUAAUGUUUCAUGGUAAGGAAAUACCAUUAAUUUUUACAUAUGAGCCAAUAUAAUGAAUGCUGGAUUUUCAGCUGCCUCUGAUUUGAAUGUCUGGAACACAGCUGUACUCCUCAAUCAUAAAUAAGAAAAUAGAUCAUACUUUUUGAUUCAUUAUCAUUAGUAGUGGCCCAGACAUUACCUAUUGUUACCAGACAUUACUUUGUUUUACUUGGACAAACUUUGAGGUUAACAUAGUUAAGAUUAUGAUCCUCUAUAUAUAAAUGCUCUCAAAAUGGAUUUGAAAUACUGGAAGUAAAUCGGCAACUACUUCUUAGUAGUGUUUCUCUGUUUGUUUGUUUGUUGGAGUGGGGAGGGUUUCUUUUUUUUUUCUUUUUCUUUUUUUAAACUAGAGUUUCUCUAAUUUCAAUUCUUUUUCACACCAGAAUGAGCAGUAACUCAGUCACAUAGGAAGCAACUAAGGUUCUCAGAAUGUGGGCUAUCAGAUAGAAAAAUGACCUCAUAGUAUGCAGUGUGGUAUAAAGGAAAGAGUGAUAUUAGACUCCUAGGAGUCAGGAAACCAAGGAUAUGGUCUGUUUUAUAAGUACUUAGAUGUGUGACCUUGAAAUAAUCAUUUAACAUCUUUGGGUUGCAAUUUCUUCAGAUGACAGGUCUAGGCAUUAAUUGGAUCAAGUCUCUUGGCUUUGAUUCUGUUGAGUACUGACAUGUCCUACUGAUAAUCACCACCACCAUGUGAAGGGUAGCUGACAGUCUAAUAUUUUAUUACCUUUUCAGUAAUAUUCUGAAUGUUUUCAUCCUACUGUUUUUCUGGAAAUAAAGAUUGUAAGAUAUUUCUGCUUAAAUAUUCUUUAGAUUCUGAAAGUAAUCCGUUGAAGCCACAUGCUUAUCUGUUUUAUAGUCUAAUACUAAAGACAGGGAUUAAUACUAUAAAGAUAAUUAAACCACCACUCAACAGUGGUCUAAUUUUCCAUGCCAAUUGAACAACGCAUUUUCCUUUGUCCAGAACUGUAGACAUUAAUCAGUGAGGCAGCUUAAUUACCCACUCUUUCCUUAGUGUUUGUUUUCCCUGCAGUGUUAUGGUAUCUUUGGGAACAAUAUAAUUUCUGUUAAUUAAAGCAGUUGUCGGAACUUUGUGUUGAAAUAGGUCUAUGCUUUCUUGAAAAAUUUUAUUAAUAUGUGUUAGCUUACUAAAUUUCAGGCUUAAUGAUUUAUAAUAGUUUUCAAGCACAUUCUCAAAACAAGCUUUAUACUCUUUUGUACAUGCUUAGAAACAUGUUUAAAGAGAUAGUACUAUAUGAUCCAUUAAAAGAAUAUUUAUUUUUGAAAUUUUUAUAAUUUUAGUGUAUUUACUAAAUAUAGUUAAAUAUAUGGGACUUGGUAAAUAUUCUUUUUUUAACCAAACAUUAGUUUUAGCAUGUCUUUUGUUUAGUAGUUGUUUAUUCAUUGCUUAUUUGUGCAUUUUGCUAAUGUGAAUAUGCAAGUAAAUAUUUAUCUGUUGACUAACAGUGGACCUUGUACAUUGAUUAGUAGGAGAAUAAUAAUUUGAUUUAGUUUUGCUUUAUUUUAAAAUAUUAACAAAGCAUUAUUGAGAACUUUUUAUUUUGAUACAGGUUCAAACUUACAGAAAACUUAAAAAAAAUAGUAAAAGUAGCUCACUCCUGUAAACUUAUAAGAAAAUACAGUGGUGGGGUGCUUAGGUGGCUCAGUCAGUUAAGAGUCCAGUCUCAGCAUAGGUCUUGAUCUUAGGGUCUUGAGUUUAUGCCCCAUGUUGGGUUCCAUGUUGGGCAUGGAGCCCAUAUAAGGAAAAAAAAUAUGGUAAAUAACAACUGUAAGCUCUUUAGCUAGAGUGACCAAUUGUUUACUUUUCUUUUUUUCUCAAGUUUUUAUUUAAAUUCCUGCUGGUUAACAUACAGUGUAGUAUUAAUUUCAGGUGAAGAAUUUAGUGAUUCAGCACUUCCAUACAACACGUUGUUCUCAUCACAAGUGCCAUUCUCAUCACAAGUGCCCUCCUUAAUCCCCAUUACCUAUUUAACCCAACCCCCACUUUUGAUAUAUUUACUUUUUGUCCCAUUUAUUUUUAUUAUUCUGUCAGUCUGUCAGUAUGUAUUUCUUUAACUCAUUUGAAAAUAUGGUGCAAACAACAUUUUUUCCCUACAUACUUCAGUAGGUAACUAAGAACAAAGACAUUCUCUUACAUUACCACAGUACAUUUAUCAAAGUGAGAAUUUAAUAAUAAUACCAUACUAUGUAAAUGGCAGUUCCAAUUCAGAUGGUGAUAAUUUGUCCAAUUUUGUACUUUAUAGAAGGUAUUUUUUUCCUCUUCUAGAAUCCAUCCAGGAUCGUGCAGUAUAUUUAGUUGUAAUGUGUCUUUUCUCGCUGUCUCUUUUUUUAAAUAUUUUAUUUAUUUUUGAGAGAGAGUGCAAGCAGGGGAGGGGCAGAGAAGGGGGUGGGGCAGAGGAUCCUAAGUGGGCUCUGUGCUGACAGCAGUGAGCCAGACAUGGGGCUUGAUCUCACCUAACAUGAGAUCAUUAACAGAUGCUCAACUGACUGAGCCACCCAGGCAUCUGUAGUUGUACUGUCUCAUUAUUGUCCUUUAAUAUAGAAUAGUUCUUCAGCUUUUCUUUGUUUUUAUUGACCUUGACAUUUUCAAAGAGUACAGACCAAUGAUUUUAUAGAAUGUCUGUGAAUUUAGGUUGUCUGAUGAUUAGUUUUGGGUUAUGCAUUUUUAGCAGGACUAUCACAGAAGUGAUGUCAGAUUCUUCCCAGUGUAAUACAUCAACGACAUGAUGUUUGUCUCAACAUUGGUGAUUUUAAUUUGGAUCACUUGGUUAACGUGAUAGGUGUCAGAUCUUUUGUAAAAUUACUGUUUGUCCCUUUGUAGGUAAUUUGUAGAGAGAUGCUUUGAGACUAUGUAAAUAUCCAUUUUUUUAAGCUAAACACUAGUUUUAGCAUCCAUUGGUAAUUAAUAAUUGCAUCAUAACUUUCUUAUUUAUUGGUUAACAUUCUGUAGUAAGGAGAGUUUUCUUCUCUAUUUUUUUUACUGGUUUAUGUUAAUAGGAUGGUCUUGCAUAUUUUCUUAUAUAAUAGAUUACAAUGCAUUGCUAUCAUUAAUUUUUUUGAUGUCCAAAUGUCUCAGAUUUGGGUAAUGGGAGCCCCUUCGGUGAGUACUUCCCUACUGAUGUAACAAAAUGAUUUAGGUUUAUCUUGUAGUUGUCCUGCUUUGGCCCUGGAAUCAGCAGUUUCUCCCAAGGAUUCUGGUUCCCUUUAUUGGAUGAUGGUACUUAGAAGUUAGGUAUGCUCAUUGCCACUUAUGUAAUAUUACGUGUAGCCUCUCUCAUUGUGUACAGAGCUAGGAAACACACACUCACAAUCUAUCGGAUACAUACAUCUGCCUGUGUAUCUGUCCAUCAUAUAUGUCAUAUAUAUGUUUAUUAAAAACUCUGAGUUCAUCUUUUAUGAAGAGGAUUUUCAGAGUUUUUGCUCAUUUUUUAAAAAUCGGGUUACUUAAGUUGAAAUAUUAUGUUUUUGAUAUAAAGUCCUUUGUCAGAUAAAUCUAUUGAGAAUAUUUUCUGCCAGUGUAUGGUUGCCUAUUUAUUUUCAUUUGAUGAGAAAGUUUCAAUUUUGAUGAAGUCUAAAAAUAUCAGGUUUUUCAAUGUAUGGUUAUUGUUUGCCAUGUUGGAGAAGAACUCUAUGUGAAGAGAUGCCCUCUUAUUUUAUCUUCUUUAUUGUUUAUAAUUUUAUGUUUAGAUGUGAUCCAUCUUGAAUUAAUUUUU